GGUCACUUACCGCGGUCUAUUUGUGGGUCUACUUUUCCAUUUGAGUCCGAAAGACGUUUGUACACCACGACGCAUUUAUAUCGAUACAUUGAGUCUUUUCUUGUAUAAUAGACUUUUGACUGAAGAUUUCGUAACUCUUCGCUGUAUUUCACCAGAAAUCUAUUCUCUGGUGUGUGAAAUUUAGUUUCUUGACCACGCGGUCAUCGUCGAAAACUUCUAACCUGUCAAAGUUAUGUCAGUUCCAUUAACGAAAGAGGAAUUAGAUCUCUACAGUGACAUCGGUUGCAAGGGAUAAUGCAGACCACAGGGGUUCACUAUCUGAAGCUAGCACAAAUAAAAUCUUUUUGUGGCGGAAUUUCGGGAGUUUUUGGUUUUGGCAGUAUUUAGGGGAGAAGUGCUGAAAUCCCCCAAAAUUCUUUUAUUUUGGUAGGCACCACUAAUCACGACUCAGUCAAUAACUGGAGGUAUAGGUUCACCAGUAGACUAGAAACCUAGGUGGUGAUUCUAAAAAAAACUAAUGUAUAUUGCGUUUUCAAAACUCGGCUCUCCAUGUUUUCAUCCGUAACUGACCUCGUCUAUUCUCAUGCGUGGGCCUGAAGUGGUUUAUACGUUUUCUACCUAUUAAUAAAUGAUUCCUGUCACUUUUGUGUUUUGUCGUGACUGCUUUACGUAGUUGUUUUCAGGUGGAAAUAAUUUUUUUCUGCAUGUGCAUGUAACAUGUAAAUAAUAUGGAGCAUUUUUACUCUGUGAAUAUAGUUCACAUGCUUUGCUUAUUUGUUUUCGUAUGAUUAAACUAAAAAUUUGUAACUAUCACAAAUAUGUAGUUGUAAUAUGUUGACGUGGAUUCGCUUGUUUUCAUGGAUUAAGAAACUAGAUUUUGCUCCUGUAGUUUUAAAAUGAACCGAAGGCAUAUGAGCUAUUAUUAGACCAUUCAGAGAAUAGACAUUCAUUACUAAACAAGACUUGUUCGUGCCAACCGUUUCACACUGGCUUUAAUGCUCGAACGCAAACAGAAAAUAGCUCAAGUUGUGUCUGAAUUAAUAAGAAGUUCUUGAAUAUAUAAUGGCAGCUGCAUCUCUAUAGAAAUGGUUGAAGCAUAAUGGCGAUUUGUUUUUUUAUUGUUUCCAUCACCUGGAAAACAAUUUUCUGAGUACAGUGAAGAAUAGUCGCUUUCAGUAUACGGUCUUGUGCCAUCCAUCAACAUGGUACUAAUUAUCCUUGCCACAAUCGUAGUCCCUAAGUACAUGAGCAAAUUUACGUGUUCUUUGUUGGGUGAAUGUUUCUUUUAGAUGUCUAGUCUCACUAUCACUGCGAUACAGCCAGUCGGCUUAUACUCAGCUUAACUGUUCUAAUUUCUAUGGCUAUAUAACAAGCCCUUUUGACAUGAAAGUACUUAAAGAAACUUAUUCGAGUCGCUGAGAAAUAGCAGUUUAGGCUGAUUGAGGAGCUGCUUUUGUAAGUCUGUGGUCAAUAAGACUGUAAUCAACAGAGAGGUCACUGGCUUGUCAACAGUUCAGCUGGUCUCCAACUAAUUAAUUGCCUGCUGGUCGACUGCAGUGUGAAAAAGUAAUCAAAUGUCUCUAGUAGUUGAUGAGCAUUGGGAAGAUCAGAACACUCGUCGCUGAUCACUCUCAGCAAAUCACUCAACUUCAAUUUACUUGACGUUGUAAGAAAUUGUGAUAUUAGCUGUUAAUCUGUUACAAAGCGGGCCAUAGGUCCUGAUGCAUUGAAAAACCGGACAAGCUUUCAUACAGUAAAUUAGUUAUCGUCUAGUUACCUGCCAUAGUAAUAUUAUUUUGCUAUGGUUCGUGUCAUUUACUGCUAUCUAUAUAACUAUUACAAAGUCAAUAAAGCUUCUUUUCUACAAGUGAUAAUCUCUGAAAUGGUCUAUUGAAAAUAUUUUCACACGUAUAAUUACUUCGUCCUAUUUGUAGGUUUAUUUCCAUCGGCUUCAGUCUAUCUUCCGGCCAGCAGCACGUUACUUUCGUUCUGUUAGUUUAUUGAAAACAUCAAAGCAACCUGUUCUUUCCCGUAGUAUGGACUUCUAUGUAAUUGUCCCACCUCCUGUUCACUGUCUUGACGUAACCGAAGCAUUUCGUUCACUUAGUAAAGGUGAAAAAGAUUAUGUCUUCAGUUGCACACAAGCAUCAUGGGUUGGUGGUCUAAUUGGUUUAAUUCAAACAUCUCCAGAAUCUGCUGGAAUAUUCCUAUUUAUUUAUCGAUUCUUCAAGUCUCAAGAUGUGCAUUCAUUCACUGAAGAAGCGAAAAAGAAGAACUUUUCUGAGGAGGAGAUAAACUACUUACUAUCAUACUUUGCAUCAGUUCUAGGCAACUUUGGGAAUUACUUGUCUUUUGGAGAUACCAAAUUCGUUCCACCUAUUAGUUUGAGUAGAGUAACAGAGCUUCUAUCAGUGAAUAGCGCAUUUUCUAAUCCGGAGACAGGUCUCAAAGCUUUGUGGGAAGAAGUAGCUCCUGCAUUGUAUUCAUUAAGCUCCCGUCGUUUACGCCUUGGAUUCGGUCCAACUGAAAUAACAACUUACUACUCCGCAAACUGUACUCGUAGUGAUGCUGAGUUAAUUCAAAAGUAUCUGGAAAGUAUAAAAACUGAAGCAUAUAAUACACGACUUUUCAAAAAUGCUGACUCUAAAACAAAAGUUUAUUCUCUUCGGUUUGCGUCAGCUGAGAAAUCCAUCCAACCCGUAUCUUUUGAUGCCCUUCCCUCGGACACAUCUUUGCAGCUUGAAUAUGGUGAUUAUAGUGAGCUGAUGAAGUUACUAGUCGACUGUUGUAAAGAUUCUAAAGCACAUUCACUGAACCAGAUUGAAUCAGAUAUGUGGCAUCAGUAUGCUCAAAGCUUUACUACUGGUUCAGUAACUAGUCACAAAGAUGCUUCCAGGUUAUGGGUCAAAGAUAAGAAUCCUGUCGUUGAAAACUAUAUUGGUUUUAUAGAGUCAUAUCGUGAUCCGUUUGGCGUUCGUGCAGAGUUUGAAUCAUUUGUUGCUGUUGUAAAUAGAUCAAUGUCAACAAAAUUCCAGCGACUUGUAGAUAAUGCUGAGAGGUUGUUAACAAAUUUACCAUGGCCUUCUACAUAUGAAAAAGAUAAAUUUUUACAACCAGACUUUACUAGUUUGGAUGUAGUGACGUUUGCAACUUCAGGGAUUCCUGUUGGAAUUAAUAUUCCUAACUAUGAUGAUGUACGACAAGUUGAUGGAUUUAAAAAUGUUUCUUUGGGCAAUGUACUUAGUGCUCGUUUCAAGGAUCCUAAAUCAGAAUUUCUACGUAAUGAAGAUAAACAAAUGUAUGUGGAACAUGCUGAGAGUUCUUUUGAAUUACAAGUUGGACUUCAUGAACUGUUGGGACAUGGUUCUGGUAAACUGUUUCAGCGUGACUGUGAUGGAAAAUUAAAUUUCGACACAAAAACUACUGAAGAUAUCAUUAAUGGGGGUCCUGUAAAAAGUUGGUAUGAACCAGGAGAAACGUAUGACAGCAAAUUUUCAAGCCUUUCCUCUGCAAUAGAAGAGUGUCGAGCUGAAUGCGUUGGAAUUUAUUUAUCUGAUCUACCUCUUGUUCUGGAACAAUUCGGUUUGAAUACUGACUGUGCUCAAGGCGAUGUUCCAGAUGUAGUCUAUAUCAAUUGGUUGUCAAUGAUUCGUUCCGGUGUAACUUCUAUGGAGUUUUAUACUCCAGCUGAAAAUGCUGGUGACAUUGGUUCAUGGCGUCAAGCGCAUUGUUGUGCUCGUUAUGCAAUUCUACGCGUUUUAAUUGAAGCUGAUGAUUCUAUGGUGCGUAUAGAUGAAGUAGUCGGUGAGGACGGUGCACCUGAUUUGUGUAUUUUCUUUGAUCGUAAAAAGCUUUUAACUGUGGCUCGUCCAGCAAUUGGUGAAUUCCUCAGGAAAUUACAAUAUUACAAAAGUACAGCGAAUGCUAAAGAUGGAUGUGCUUUCUUCCAACACUAUAGUCAACUGCUUCCCCAACAUACGAAAUUGCGUAAAAUUGUAUUAGAUCGUAAAAAACCGCGACCUAUAUUUGUACAACCUGGACUUCGUCAAACCACCAAUGAUGUUGAAUUAAUCACAUAUCCUUCAACUUAUCCGGUGUUAUCCAGUCAUUUAUAGAUCGUUAUAAUGAUUUGCCUUUAGGUCAAAAAGCUCUUGAUGCUUUAGAAAUUGUUUGGCGUAGAGAAAAGCCGUAUUUUGAAGACAUUCCUAUAUAAGUUAUGUAUGUGAAUGGAGCGUUGAACACUUAUAUAUAAGUGAAUUGUUAUUUUUGCUCCUAUUUUUCACACUGCUUAUAUACAAUGUGUGUAUAAGUGUGCUGAUUCGUGUUCUUGAAUAAAUUGUUGAGUUUUGGA